AUGAGUCGCGUCAAUAUCAAUCAGGCGAGCCGCGAGGAGCUCAUUGAGAUGGUCAAACAGCUGCGGCAGCAGCUUCGCCCUAAUCAGGCGGGGUACGAGUGUGCUAAAGAACUCAAGCAAGAGGUGGCCCAGUUGAAGAAGGAGCUGCUUGAGAAGGACAACACGGUGAAGGCUUUAACACACCAGGGCGCGAUGCUGUCAGAGAAGUCUGCGAGUGAUGAAGAAACCAUUAGCGUUUUGAUCAAGCAGCUGGAGGAAUUUACUGCGGGUGGAUCGAACACGGCUCAGGACGAUGGCGUCGUGGUGGCGCGGGCGGUCACCACCAAAGCCACAACGUCGAACCCUAAUCAAAAAACAGCAGCUGCAGGCAGAGCAUUUUCGUUGCCCAUAAAGAGUUCAACUGGUGUGGGACAGGCUUUCGCGGAGACCCCACUGGGAGAAGCGGGAGGUGAGAACGCCACAAGUGCGGCGGCGAUCAUCGCACGGAAGAACGAGGAGAUGGCAAAGCUUGAAAUGAAGGUUCGUGAAUUAACGGAGGUAAACACAUUUUACACAGCCAUUGUUUCCCAUCAUGACGAGGAAGAACGGCUUCGGGAGGUGGCGAAGCACGUGCUCCCUGACGAGGAGUCGAACAUAGGAACACCGAUUGACGCCACCUCUCUGCAUGAACGUAUCGGGGUCCUGGAAACUGAGCGGGACAAUCUCCAGCGGAUGCUGCGCCACCAAAAACACGAGCAGCUCAACCUCAUAAAUGAGCUCCAAGCCCUACGCGAGGAGCUCUCACGCCUUGAGUUAGAACUGGUGGCAGCAGAGCGUUGGAAAAUGGAGGAGGUGGCUGCUUUGUCAGAGACCCCGGAGCCCUCCCCACGUGCGCGCGUCUCCUCCACUCCAUUAGGAGAUGAACCCACACCAACCCGCACACUGGCGCAGUUGGUCAUGCCUAUUCAGUACAAGGGGACCAAAGCUUCAACUUCUGGUGGCAAGUUGAUGCCUGGCCGCCCCACCAGGACGUGGAGUAGGAGCCCUCUCGCCGAUGCCCACGCAUCACCAAACCGUGUUACACCUAUAAGGAGUCUACUUGACUUGGAAGCAUUACCCGAAAUACGCCUUUGGAAUGCAUCCAAACAAGAAAAGGAGCUAUGGGAGCGUCUUGAAUUGUACCGGAAACACAUUGAGGAGAUGCAAGCGUACGAAGCAGACCGACAACGGAGCUUUGAUGAGAUGGAGCGUGCACGGGCUGAGCUCUUUACAGAUAUGAACGCCAAUCUUGAGGAGCAGCGUCGUGAGAUCCAACGUCUCAAAAAGAAACUCGCUGCAUCAACCGAUGUGCAUGGCGAGGCGGAGGUACAAAAAACUGUUGAGCCCCGACCUGUGUCGGAUGCAGCCACCUCGCCUGUAGUGGCAUAUAUGCCGUGUGAAUACAGCAAUGUUGGGUUUUCUGAAGCGAUGUCAUCAGCCAGUGGGAAACCUCAGCAAUUGGCAGGGGAAGCGGCUGUUGGAGCCGACAACGCAACGAGGGGGUUACGUGAGGAAAGAAAUUCAGUGGUCGAUGAUGAUACAAGUGUGGAAGAGGCACUGCUGGAGGAGCUUGUGGGGCACCCCUUUGUCUCGGCAAGCAAUGCUUCACUAAAGUACGGUGGAGAAGGAGGAGAUCAUUCAGACGUCGGUGCCAAUAACGAUAGCCACAACGCAGGAGAAGAGGGCACUCUAUCCGACACGGAGCAGACGUACCAGUUAAAGGAGUCGUCUUUUGACAUGGACGUGGCAGUAAAGGUGUGGCAGCUAAUUCAAGUGGAAGAGGAAAACGAAAGGUUAGGCAUUGUAUGUGAAGAAGCGGAGAAGGUUAUUAGCGCAUUGUUGUGGAGUCGCAUGUCCAUUACUACAGCAGCUGAAGAAGUCACAGCACGGGCCGUAGCGGCUGUACGCGAAGUGGCUCGCCUUGAAAAUGCCCUCUUGGAAAUGAGAGACUCUGCAUCAACUUUGGAAAAGCGGGAGCGAGAACUCUUGGCCAAGGCGGCGCAGCUGCAAGAAGCCAUGGCCUCUAUGCAGGAAGUGGAAAAACGGCGGAAGGAAGCAGAAGAAGAAGACACAGAGGCCUCUGUCACAUCGUGGAAGGCACAGGACACCUCUUCUUCCUCCCUUGAGGUGGCUUCUGCGAGAGACCCUUGGGGGCCGCUGCAGUGCGUGUGCCAGGCGUACAGCGAGGUGGUGGAGGCACAGGUGGCGCUUUUGCGCACCGUUUCUGCGACUGACAUCGCCGCACAAUCCAGCGAAGAGUGCGAGCACGUUGUGAACAAACUAGAUGCUAUCCUUAUACGACUGAAAGAUGCGCCCUGCAAACGCAACGGCACCAACGACAAGGGAGCCGAAUCGCCUUAUGAGCAUCUUGGGGAAGUGGACGUUUCGAAAGACAUGGGACAGGGCUGCUCUUUGUUUGAACCUCCGCGGGCGCCAACAAUCGCAACUUACGAUGCCGCCGCCGAUUCUUCAAAGUUUUGUGCAAACAGUGAAAGGGACGACGUGGGUGGAGGCGAUGCCCCACGCCGAGAACCUAUUUUUGGCGAAACAGAGAACCCCAAACUGGAUACAAGCAAGCGGGUUUUGGAAAUAAGCCGUACAACGGCCCUCACCCCACUGGGGGAUCGAAAUGACGUCCCGAUGGCCCUUCCAGAGGGAACCAGUAUGGCUGAGCCACUCUCGUGGAACACACCUACGGCUUCUUUCUUUGCGGAAGGCCCCCCUGCAGGCUCCAGCGACGACGCGCCGCACCUCGGCAUGCAGCCGCGGCAGGGUUUUGCACCGAGCCCCUUUGACUAUUUUAGGGUUAGUCAACUGUCGGGCGAAAAGAUAGAGCGCGGCGACAAUAUCAACGAAGGCGCCCCCAUCGCAGCGAGAAACAACGACCUUUUCGCAGCGCUACAGGCCAACGGUUCCAAUGCCACUACGUCAGAACAGGAAGCGCAGACUUUUGUUGCGGAGUUCGAUCCAUUUGCUUGA